AUGUCUCGUACUUCUUCAUCACGUCUUCAUGAUAAAUUAGAACAAUGUAAACAAAAUAAAGAUUUUUAUGAAGCCCAUCAAAUCUGUCGUACAAUAUAUGUUCGUCUUCAUUCGUCAACAAGUGAUGAAAAUAUUUUAAAGUUUCUUUUUGAAUCAGCUUGUUAUUUUCUUGAACACAAUCAAUCAAAUAGUGGCUACGAUUUAUGUAAAUGCUAUGUAGAAACAUUGAAUCGUUCAAGUAUAAAUGAUUUAACUGAUAAUCUUCUUCAAGAAAUUUGUAUUUUAUUUCAAUCAUUAAAACCUUACCAUGAUGAACGAACAGAAUUUGCUUGUAAUGUUUUACGUUGGUCAUCACAAGUAUCAUCUGAUCAACAAGAAGACGAACAAUUACCUGCUCUUCGUACAGAAUCAAAUUCAUCACUGUCAACAACAUUACUUUCAACAUUAACUGAAUCAAGUUCAACAACACCAUCUACAAAACGUUUAGUUUAUCAUAAAUUUGGUCAUCCAAGAUUACAUCAAUCUUUUGCACAUAUACUUUGGGAACAAGAAAAAAAUUAUAAAGAUAGUCGUUAUCAUUACUUACGUUCGCAUGAUGGACGUUCAUUUGCAAUAAUGCUUAUCGAAGCACAUCAAACAUUGGGCUAUCCAUCAGAAAUUGAUUUAUUUAUUGCACAAUCUGUUUUACAAUAUUUAUUACUUCGAAAUUUUCAUACAGCUUAUCUUGUUUUUGUAACUUAUGUUGAGCAACAUCCUAAAAUUCGACAACCACCACCGGGACCAUUUAGUAAUGUUUAUCCAAUGUUAAAUUUCCUUUGGUUUCUUUUAGUGUGUUUAAGAAAGAUUCUUAUUAAAACAUCAAUGAAUAAUAAUCUAUCUAGUGGAGAACCAAUUCAUCGGUCAGAUGCACCACCAUCGUCAGAAACGACUCGUUGCUUUUCAUCUUUGGUCAAUGCAUAUAAACUAUCACUUGAACGUGAUUCAACUUUAGUUCAAUAUGUUGAUAGAAUUGGUGCAUUAUUUUUUGGUCUAAAACAAAAAUCUUCGACGUCAUCAUCAAAUCCAUUUGAAAAUCUCAUGAAUUCAUUGACAGCUAAUUUAUCAAAUGGUACUCGGGGAAUACAACAACAACAGCAAUCUGAUUUAGAUCUUGAUGUUGAUUAA